CCUUCCGGCUGCUCUGGGAGCCACGGGUAACCGCUGAGGACCAGGCUGGGUUGUGAAGAGGGACAAGCGGGCCUCGGGAUCCCGCUUCAGCCUUAGGAGAUGCCGGGGACAAGGAAGCCACCCUCUCAGGGCAAAAGGAAAAGGAGGUGACAGACGUCGAGACUACUGAAGGGAACCCAUGGCUAGGAUCAGUUUUUCCUACCUCUGCCCAGCCUCCUGGUACUUCACCGUGCCCACAGUGAGCCCGUUUCUCCGUCAGCGGGUGGCACUCCUGGGACUCUUCUUUAUAUCCUGUCUCCUUUUACUUCUCUUAAUCAUGGACUUGGGACAUCGGGGCACUUCGUCAGCACGAGACAGGCAGUAUGAAAGGUAUUUGGCUCGGGUAGGAGACCUUGAAGCCACCAACACCGAAGACCCAAAUCUGAAUUACGGACUUGUGGUGGACUGUGGUAGCAGUGGCUCCCGGAUUUUUGUUUACUUCUGGCCAAGACAUAAUGGGAACCCCCAUGACUUACUGGACAUCAAACAGAUGAGAGACCGAAACAGCCAGCCUGUGGUCAAGAAAAUCAAGCCAGGAAUCUCCGCAAUGGCAGAUACUCCAGAACAUGCUAGUGACUACCUGAGACCUCUGCUGAGCUUUGCCGCCGCUCAUGUGCCCGUGAAGAAGCACAAGGAGACCCCCCUUUACAUCCUCUGCACAGCGGGCAUGAGGUUGCUCCCUGAGAGGCAGCAGUUGGCUAUCUUGGCUGAUUUAGUGAAAGAUUUGCCAUUGGAGUUUGACUUCCUCUUUUCACAGUCUCAGGCUGAAGUGAUCUCUGGGAAGCAGGAAGGAGUUUAUGCAUGGAUUGGAAUCAACUUUGUUCUGGGACGAUUUGACCAUGAAGAUGAGUCGGAUGCUGACACUUCCCUGGACUCAGCAGCGGGACGCAGGAGGACAGUGGGGAUACUGGACAUGGGAGGAGCUUCUCUCCAAAUUGCCUAUGAAGUCCCUACCUCAACCUCUGUCCUUCCUCCCAAACAGGAAGAAGCAGCCAAGAUCCUGUUGGCUGAGUUCAACCUGGGCUGUGAUGUGCAGCACACAGAGCAUGUGUACAGGGUUUACGUCACCACCUUUCUGGGCUUUGGAGGCAACUUUGCCCGACAGCGCUAUGAAGACCUUGUGCUGAAUGAAACGCUUAACAGAAACAGACUGCUGGGCCAGAAGACAGGCCUGAGUCCUGACAACCCAUUUUUGGACCCCUGCCUGCCUGUGGGACUCACAGAUGUGGUGGAGAGGAACAGUCAGGUCCUGCAUGUCCGAGGGAAGGGCGACUGGACCACUUGUAGGGCAAUGCUGAGCCCCCUGCUGGCCCGCUCCAACACCAGCCAGGCGUCGCUGAAUGGCAUUUACCAGUCACCGAUCGACUUCAACAACAGCGAGUUCUACGGCUUCUCUGAGUUCUUUUACUGUACGGAGGAUGUGUUGCGCAUCGGUGGCCGCUACCACGGGCCAACAUUUGCCAAGGCUGCUCAGGAUUACUGUGGCAUGGCAUGGCCAGUGCUCGCGCAGAGAUUCAAGAAUGGCCUCUUUUCUCCACAUGCAGAUGAGCAUCGGCUCAAGUAUCAGUGUUUUAAGUCAGCUUGGAUGUACGAAGUCCUGCAUGAAGGGUUCCACUUCCCCUACGACUAUCCAAACCUGCAGACGGCGCAGCUGGUGUAUGACCGAGAGGUGCAGUGGACGCUGGGAGCCAUUCUAUAUAAAACCCGAUUCCUGCCACUCAGGGACCUUCGGCAGGGAGGUGUCCGGCAAGCCCAUGGCAGCUGGUUCCGUCUCUCCUUUGUCUACAAUCACUAUCUCUUCUUCGCCUGUACCCUGGUGGUGCUGCUGGCCAUCGUCCUGUACCUUCUGCGAAUCCAUAGAAUUCACCGCCGACAAACUCGAGCCUCGGCUCCGUUGGACCUGCUGUGGAUUGAACAAGUGGUGCCGAUGAUUGGGGUGCAAGUAGAGCCAUGAGGCUGGACUGGAACCGGAGAACCUCCAGAACCUUGGGACUGCUGCUUCCUGAAUUCCUUACUUUCAUCAGCUGGCCUCACAUGCUGCUUCGGCCUGGGAAUUUCUACUUCUUUAAUUUUUUUUUUAGUGCCCAGGACAGGACCUUUUCUCAGAAGCCGUAAUGUAAUCUGUGAGGAACUAAGUGGUGAGAGGCCGGUGCUAACACAGGGGACCAAGCUUAGCCCAAGUGAAGCAUGCUUCUCCUUUAUCACAGAAAGCUGGUGUGUUUCUGGGAUGUAGUAUUUCCCCCUCUUGCUGAAGCAAGUUUUUGAUUGGGCAACUGUAAUCAUGGUUGAAGUCAACUUGGAUCAACUGAUAGAGCCAGAGACAUUCCAGCAAGUGCAGUUGCCCCUGCUUUCUCUGUAACAGAGAUAUCCUUUUGUGGAGAUCCACAGCCUUGAAUAGGGACCCAAGAUCUCUGAGGUUCAGUGGACCAGGAUCUCAAGGCAACCAAAACGAUACGACUUCCUUGCUUACUUGACAUCCCUGACAGUGUUGCUGAUUACGUUUUACAGAUCCGAGAGGCCGGACCCCUUUGAAGUGAAUGAUCCAUUGAUGACCUGACAGUAUUUUAUCUGACACUUGGUCUGACUAGUACAGAACACAUUUCCAUGUGCCACACAGGCUGCUGGGCAUCCACGUUGCCUUUUGAGCCGUAAGCAUGCUUAUGAAAUGGAGAGACUACCGGGACAGGUUUGCCUGUUUGCAGGUUACUGUCUCAGGCCUAUUUUUCUGUGCAGAAGAUUCAAAGCAACUUCCCUCAUUUCACUGCUGAGAUCUUACGUACUUUGGGAUGGGAUGUAUUUUGUUUUGUUUCGUUUAAGGAAGAAUAGUAUCAAGAGAGUGGGCAAAGGCAGUAAAAUCAAAGUUGGGUUUUUUGGGGGGUGCGGUUUUGAGACAGGGUCUCACUGUGUAUGUAGCUUUUGCUGU